AUGAGGAUCAAGAGAGCAGAACGGAACACUGGAGAAAAGUCUACUGAGGAGGUAUGCCCGCCGCAUGGACCACCACAGAAACUCGAUCAAAACUAUCAAGAUGAGACCGUUAGAAAAAAGACUGAGAGGACGACCAAGAACCUCGUAUAUCACCCACAUGGAACGAAUAGGAAGGCGCAGAGAGUUUUUUGUAGGAGAAAAUAUGCUAGUACAGGGUUUUCGUGGAAUCUGGUCACCAAGAUCAACUUAAUCAACAGGACUAGAGGCCGUGUUGACUGCCACCAGAAGCCAUGCACUAUAGAAAGCAACUACAGAAAUAUACUAAUGAAAAAGUUAGCAAUCGAAAAAGUAAACAGAGAUAUCUACCGAGCAAUUAGAACAGUUACUUCUAAGUACUUAAAGAAAUCACACAUGGACAGUUACCAUGAGGAGAAAAAGCGUCUCUUGUUCAUUUCGAAACAUCCUGAAAUUUAUAAGAAUGAACUGUAUGGCCAUGUCGGUAGGUGGAACAUAUUGCCAGAUGAAAAUAAUCCUGAAAUGGCGAGAUGUAAUCCACAAAAGCGGAUUAGAUGUUUUUUAGAUUUUGAAAUAAUAAACGAACGAAAGCUUGGUAGGAUGUACAUAGAAAUAUAUAACGAUUUUGUACCUAUCGCUGGUGAAAAUUUUUUGAGAUUCGUUCGUGGUGAAAAAGGGAAAGGCUACAAGAAUACGCAGCUGUACGUGAUCAUGCCAGGGAUCGGUUUGCUGGGCGGGGACGUCGACAACGCUUUUGGGGCCAGCCCUAGGUCCGCCUACGGCAAGCCAUUCGCCAGCGAAAAUCAUUUGCUACGUUUCAGCGGUCCGGGAGUGAUCGCGUCGUUUACGCUUCAUCCUAAUAUUAACUUCUGCCAGUUUUUUAUAUCAUUUCAGGGAUUGCCAUUCUUAAAAGACCAAUACGUUGUCAUCGGAAGAGUGAUAAAGAAUCUGAGGACUUUACAAAUGAUAGAAGAAUUUGGCACCAAGACGGGAACUCCUCGGAAACCAAUUACAAUAACGAAUUGCGGCAUAUUUGCGAAGAAAUAA